CUUCAACCACCCCCGACGCCAAAAUGAGCGCAACACCAGACCGGCGCUCAAUGCUCUCCCAAUCCCACCCACCCUCAGCCCAACCCCGACGAAGCACAACCCACCCCUCCGAAGCCCCAUCCCUACCAGAAUACGUCGCUCCAGAAGCACCCCUCACAGCUGAAGCUCAGCGUCACCUUGCCGCUUUAAUCUCAAAUCACCACCACCGCAACUUAAUAACGCAUCUCAAACAUGCUGCCGAGAAACUCACGCACUCGGGCGGUGAAGUCAAUGAGCGAUUAGCUGAUGCGCGCGGCCGCUACGAGAAGAAUAAAUAUCAGCGACGGCAACGCGAGGGAAUUGAUGCGGGAGAUGAAAACGAUGAGGAUGAUGAGGAGUACCGGCGUCUUGCUGAGGAGGAAACUAGAGUCAAUGCCAUUACCGCGCGGAUGGAGGAAAAGGCGCGACUAAUGGUUGAUUCCGAGGCAAAGCUUCAGGGUUUGACUGAGGCGGUUACAGAGCUCGAGAGGCAGGAGGGUGAGGCUAUUACUGCGGCGCUGGGGUCGAGGCAGACGCGUGCAGGGCAGAGGACCAGACGCCGGGGCAAUGAUGAAGAUGAAGAUGAAGAUGGGGAUGGGGAGGAUGAGGAUGAUGCCGAUUAUGAGGAUGCACAAGAGCGUGAGACGCAGGAGCGGAAUGCGCGCGAUCCGCCGAGUCGGAGGUUAGAAGAUAAGCUGGCCGAGGACUCUGAGAAAUGGAACGAGAUGUCUUUGACAGAGAGAUAUGCCGGCCAUAACAACUACAUCGGAUUCUAUCGCAUGGUGCACGACUCCAAAUUCCCCGGCAACGACGUGCCCCCACUCCCCCACUCUUCUACAUGGUUCCAACAUAUGGAGGAUACCAGUGCUCGCUCUGGCGCAUCAACACGUACCCGCAACCAACGGCGUCGCCCCUCUGCUACCGACGAUGAUGAUAUUGCCAUCGAGCGCGAGCGUAUCUCUCUCAAAUGCCCAUUGACCCUCUUACCGUUCCGCGAUCCCGUGACCAGCACCAAAUGUCCCCACAGCUUCGAGCGCGAACCGAUCUUUGAUAUGAUCAACCGUAGCACGACUACCAUUCCGCCUCCAGCGGCUCGCAGGGGUCAGCGCCGCAUCCACGUGGUGAAAUGCCCCGUCUGUUCUACUCCGUUGACUGCAGAUGACCUGAACCCGGACCCUGUUCUGCUAAGACGAGUGCGUCGUGCGCAGGAACUCGAGGAGCGGGAAGAAGAUGAGGAUCAUCUUGAGGAUGGACGGAAGAAUAAACGUCGCAAUACCGAGAUCAGUCUCGCUAGUGAUGCAACCAAUGAUGAUGAUGCUAUGGAUGUGGAUGCGGAUGAGCCCUCUCAGCGUAUCAAGGCGGAACGGCUCAGUCAGCCUGCUCCCAUGUCUGUGGAUAGAUCGGAGAGUGGAGAUGAGGAACAAUCCGGGGAAGAAAGCGAAGAAAGCGAAGAAAGCGAGGAUUGAUAUGUUAACGUUUCAAUGCCCGAUCUCUGUGUCACAUCGAAUUAGUUGAGACAUGGAACAAACCAGACAAACGAGACUAAGCUAGACCCAGAACGUUGAAACACAUGAUAACACUAAGCCUCAUUAGGCAUCCCCGCAGUCGACCCAAUCAUUAGCGGUGGGUCCUGAGCCAAUCACAUGGUAUGCCACGAGGAAGUACUUGAGAACCCCCAAGACUCGCCCCUUUAUCGCUUAAUAUAUCCUCAGCCUCGGGUCGCAAUUCGUGGUGUUACUUCGAGUUUGUUAGAUUUAGUGUCAGGUCAUAAUCGAAACUAACCUCAGCCACAUCUUCGAGGAGUAACCCUGCUGACGAGACAAUACUACGGUAUCUAAACCCCAGUUAAUCUCACGCGACAAGUCAACAAGCUUACACAAAGAGACUGUACCAUC